AUAGUUACCACUCUUUAUAGUUUUUGUAGAGAUGGAAGAUUCAAGCUAUAAGAUCUCGACAUAGAAUGCUAAACGGACGACGACUUCUCUUCCUUCCAACCCAACAACCGAAGUCAGUGUUUUGUUUUUAGGUUCCAAGAACUUCUUGGACAAGAGUUCCUAAAUCCUCCUCUGAGUACAGAACAGAGAGAGAGAAAAGGGUAAAUAGAGUCUAAUAUUUUAGUUUUACAAAAUGGCAUUUACUACAAUGACUAGUCCAGGCACACAAUUGGUUACCAGCCCGAGAGGGAUGUUGAGGGAGAAUGGAAAAAUUCGUCGAACAUUCUCAGGCAAUGAUUUGUGUAAUCAGGCUAGAAUGCGAAGAUCGUUUUCUGACAACCAUCUGUGUUACUCUGUCAAUCGAAUCCAUGCCUCAAAAAAGGAUCCGAAACUGAACAACAGUCAAUCCUUUGGGGGGUUUAAGUUCCUUCCAGAAACAUUUAUCCCCAAGUCUCUUAGGGCUUUUUUGUAUGAACCAGAGACAAGUAAAGAAACACCUGCAGUAGAGUGCAAUGAGACGGAUGAAGAUAUUGAUGAGAUGGUUGUGGAAGAGCAUACAGUGACGAAUAAGAGAGUAAAUUGGGUAGAAAGGAUCAUGGAAAUCCAAAAGUCUUGGGUACAAAAACAACAGAAAGAUGAGGACGACAAUGGUAGCAUCGAUGAGCAAGGUUGUGAUGAAGAUUUAGGGGGUUGUGUAGUGGACUACGAUGAAGAUGAGGCUGAAGGAAAGAAGGAAAUGGAUCGCGAGACAUUCUCCAGGCUAUUGAAGAAGGUGUCCUGGUCUGAUACAAAGCAUUUUUCUCAGCUAGCUUUCCUUUGCAAUAUAGCAUAUGCAAUUUCAGAGAUGCAGGCUGAGGAUUUAAAAAGAUAUUAUGGCUUAAACUUUGUAACAUCAUCCUUGGAGAGGAAAGCAGAAUCUGACACUUUUAAAGCCACCAACGACAAACUUGACGAGGACUCCACCAGUCCUGUUAAUAGCGCUACCAAGUUUGUGUCUGAAUCUGGAAAUUCAAAAAAACGUCUUAACAAGGGUCCAGCUGCUGCUUAUGAGAUUGCUGCUUCAGCAGCUUCUUAUGUCCAUUCCCGUGCAAAGGAUUUGCUAUUUCAUGACUCUGACACACAACAGGAUGAAGUUGAUAUGAUUUUACAAAGCAGUGGGAGCUUUUUACAUGAAGCAUUGUACAAGUCAGAAGUAGGCUCAGAAGUAGCGGCCUACGUGACAGCAUCAACUAUGACAGCAGUGGUUGCAGCAGGUCAGAAAGAGAAGGAGAAAGCGGCAACAGCUCUUCAGUCACCCCAGUCAUCACCUUGUGAAUGGUUUGUCUGCGAUGAUCCAAACAUAUACACUCGUUGCUUUGUUAUUCAGGGGUCAGAUUCACUAGCAUCAUGGCAGGCUAAUCUCUUUUUUGAACCGACCAAGUUUGAGGGAACAGAUGUGCUCGUCCAUAGAGGAAUUUAUGAAGCAGCAAAGGGAAUAUAUGAGCAAUUCAAGCCAAUUAUACUGGAGCAUCUCGAAAAGUAUGGCGAACGAGCAAGAAUCAGAUUCACUGGUCAUUCUCUAGGGGGCAGUCUCUCGUUGCUUGUCCACUUAAUGCUACUGACUAGGAAAGUUCUUAAACCAUCUAAUCUUAGACCGGUGGUUACAUUUGGAUCACCAUUUGUGUUCUGUGGUGGACAAAAGAUCCUUGAUGAGUUGGGGGUAGACGAGGACGACAUCCACUGCGUUAUUAUGCAUAGAGAUAUCGUACCAAGGGCUUUCUCUUGCAACUACCCAAAUCACAUUGCUCAACUACUCAAGCGAUUGCAAGGAACCUUUAGGUCCCAUCCUUGUCUUAAUAGAAAUAAAUUACUCUAUAGCCCGAUGGGUAAAGUAUUCAUCCUCCAACCUGACGAAGCAUCAUCUCCUCCUCACCCGUUUCUCCCUCGAGGGAACGCGCUCUAUGAAAUGGAGAAUACACAGAGUGCUUCAGGCAAGAAGGGGCUAAUAGCUUUUCUCAACUCACCUCAUCCGCUGCUAACACUAAGUAAUCCCAUUGCUUAUGGAUCCGACGGAACAAUUCUCAGAGAUCACGACUCAAGCAACUAUCUCAAGGCAGUAAACGGGGUUAUACGACAGAACACAAAAGCAGCCCUCAGACCAUCUUUAAGAACAGAGGAGGACCACAUCUGGACAAUACUCACUUCUCGAUCUCCACAUGCUUGGGGCUUACGUAGUACUACUGACCCAAGAGUACUAUUGUCCAAGGAGGAGUUAGCCACAGGUGUGUAGGUUUUCAAGGCGAUCGUAAAAGCUUCUUGCACAGGACUAGGUUGUUCCAUAAAGAUAGCUCUCUGAGAGAUGGUCAUGUCCUCGUGAGCUUCUUGCAUUUAGGUUUUUUCUUUUAUUUUUAUGGAUGUUCGUUAAGUUUGCUGCACUAUCUUUUCUUGCUGUAAAUAAUGAAAGGUCUGUAGCAGCAGUAAUAAAGAAUUUAGAGUUGGAGGAUUUGGAGUUCAGAUAUAAGUGCUAAUUUGCAUGUCCAUGUACCGUUUGAUCGAUGUAGCCAGAAAAUGAUAGAAGUUUAAUGUA